UUGACGCAACUUCUUUGUACCCUGGCCAGACUUGCAGUUCUUUCGUGUACCGUUCUUCAAACUAAACGCGCUUCUUCACAACAUUUUCAUCGGGUAAGUACUGAAACGUCACUGUAGAAGAUUUUCAACCUGAGAAGCACGAUCCCUUGUACGUUAGACAGGAGGGGGAGUCUGUGAUGUCUAACAUCAAAAAGGAGGCGUGGCCAGAGACCGCCAGCAUUAAAGAAGAACAGGAAGAUGAAAUCACGUUUCCAAUGACUAUCAUUGUGAAAAGUGAAGAUUAUGAAGACCCAAGCGAAGAAAGUGGAGAGGCGAAACCUUUGAGCAACAGCUCGUUUCAACGCCUGACAACAAAAGAUGUCACUGAAGAAGAUCGUCAUCCUGAGAAGCACGUUCCCCCCCAUGUUAAACAGGAGUCGGAGGUUCGAUAUAUCAAACAGGAAGCGGAGCAAGAGACCCCUAGCAUUAAAGAAGAAGAUAAAAUCCCCAAGUUUCAAAUGACUGUGAGUGUGAAAAGUGAUGAAGAUGAAUGUCCAAGUGAACCUCCGAGCGACAGCUCAUUUCAACACCUGCCAAAAAAGGGUGAGGAACGAUCGCAACCGGACGACCUCUCAGCUCAGCUCUCGGACGUCAACGACAUAACAUCACACUCUUCUGACUAUAACACUGAUGAGGAUGUUGACUUUGACCAAAAAUCUUCAAAAUCCUUAAACAAGUCAUCAUAUAAAAGAGACGCAAAAGAAUGCACGAGGCACGCAAGUAAACACACUGGAGAGAAGGCUUUUGCCUGCACCCUUUGCGAUAAAAGAUUUUCUCGGAAGGAAGGGUUAAAAACACACACAAGAAUACACACUGGAGAAAAGCCUUUUUCCUGUACAAUUUGUGAUAAGCGAUUCACGAAGAAGGGAAAUUUAGACAUACACAAAAGAACACACACUGGAGAGAAGCCUUUCGCCUGCUCACGUUGUGAUAAAAGAUUUCCUCUGAAGCAGCAGUUGACAACACACAUGAGUACACACACUGGAGAAAAGCCUUUUUCCUGCUCAGUUUGUGAGAAAAGAUUCACCAAGAAAGGAAAUUUAGACAUUCACACAAGAACACACACUGGAGAGAAGCCCUUUGCCUGCUCACUUUGCGAUAAAAGAUUUUGUACAAAGCACGAGUUAACAAGACACACAAGAAGACACUCUGGAGAAAAGCCUUUUGUCUGCACAUGUUGUGGUAAAAGAUUCACUCAAAAGGGAACUUUAAAAAUUCACACAAGAACACACACUGGAGAGAAGCCUUUUGUCUGCACAUGUUGUGGAAAAAAAUUCAACACGAAGGCAGAAGUAAUCAAUCACACACGAACACAUACUGGAGAAAAGCCUUUUUCUUGCUCGCUUUGCGAGCAAAGAUUUCGUGUGAAGCGGGAGUUGACAGCACACACGUAUACACACACUGGAGAAAAGCCUUUUGUCUGCUCGUUUUGCAAUAAAAGAUUUUGUACAAAACAAGAGUUAACAAGACACACAAGAAGACACACUGAUGAAAAGGGUUUUCGCUGCAGAUUUUGAGGUAAACAAUUCAAAGAGAAAGUAUAGUUAAUCAGGCACGGAAGUACACACACUGGAAAGAAGAAGAAACCUGUGUAACCCAGGUUAACAUAGUCCCACAAAAAUAAGAUCUCAUUGAUGGAGACAACUAUUAAAAGAAUAUAGAGUGAUCCUUCAUUUUUUGUGGUUAAUGAGGACCAGAACCCGCCGCGAUAAGUGAACAACCGCAAAGUAGUGCC